GGCGACAAGUGCAAAUAUAUCCAUAACUUAUCCUUUCCUUUAUCAUCUCCCAACUCUCGCUCAGCCGAGGUUACGAACCCACAGCCCACGGAAAGAAACGACAACUCAGCGGAGGCUAACUAUGUGCGCCGCGGAGCAUUGGGCGGGGGAACGCGGAUUGGAACCAAGCGAUCCCACUGUUGGGCUUUUGUUCAGGGGAACUGCCGUUACGAGAACUGCCAAUACUACCAUCCUGAGGAUAUCGCUCCUUACAUUGAGUAUACGCCGUGUUUGAAGUUUCCGAAUUGUCCUCGCAGUCGUGGCGGGCACUGCCCAUUCAGACACCCUGACGAACCGGAGGUCGUACGCAGCAGCCCGUCGUACCAAUUCCCCGUGUCCGUGGGCCAGCCGUCGACCCCGUCAUACCAGAUCCUGCCAUCUGAUAGUCCCGCAAUGUCAGCGGCUCACAUCCCGCGCACGUUCUCCAUGGGCCCUGCACUCGACAUGCUUGCUGGAAGGUCCGGCGCCUCUCAGGCAUACUCUCCGCGUUCUGUUUCGCCGGUUGCAGUUCCGACUCAGAGCGUUGAAACGCCGACCUCAGCGGACGAAGAGGAACUUGGAUCAAGAUUUCCAGCUGCGCCGCCGCCUUCUCCCAAGUCCAUCGAUGGCAGUCCAUCGCCGUUCAGCGUGAGCGCCAUUGCCGAAUCACCCGGCAGGCGCGAGAAGACUGGCGCCGCAGGCUGCGUCUCCAACACAGUAGGCGAUGCUGUAUCAGCUGGCGUUACGCCUGCCCUGCGCGGUCCUCGUUCACACCAGCGGCGCGUCUCUAUUUCAGAGCCUGAGAUGUACCGCUUGCCGGAUCGGGCUUACCGCGGACAUGCGCGACGCGUCAGCGUUAACAUUGUCGGCGCGUCUGCGCAGGUUGAUUUCACCACCGGCGACUGA